CUAACAAACUGUAAGUCUAACUUUGAGAGGGUUGACUGUAUGUACGUAAUGUGAAAUGUCUUCAAAAACUUUUUUUAUUGAGCUACAAUCAUCUCUUAAUCUUCAUAGUUUUCGUUCAUCCCUCACUUGUUUUUAUUAAUUGUGUAUCUCAAACGAUUUUUGUGGUGUAUUAAACAGAACAUGUCCGACGUUUGGGAUAUAAUGGGUGGCAUGGGUUCACCACACCAAUCACCAUCAUCAACACCAGCAUCCAAUCAACAAGGAGAUGUGCAGAGGCAAAAAAUGAAAAAGAUGAAACCAGAAGGAAUGUCAAGAGAGCUUUUCUCCAUAAUAUCAGACGAUAAUAAUGACUGUGCGCCAAUAGUUCACAACGAUUUUAGUCCUGUCGGAAGCCUUAACGACGGCUUAACUCAGCGACAUGAAGUCAAAUUAAAUGCCAUGCCUUGGUUUCAUGGAAAAAUCAAACGAGAAGAAGCCGAAAGUUUAUUGCAACCUCGAGAGGAUGGAUUGUUUCUUGUUCGAGAAAGCACUAAUUUUCCUGGAGACUACACUCUCUGUGUUUGCUUUAACAACAAAGUUGAACAUUAUAGGGUAAUAUUCAAGGAUAACAAAGUGACGAUUGAUGAAGAGGAAUAUUUUGACAAGUUGUCUGAGUUAGUUGAACAUUAUCACAAGGAUGCUGAUGGUUUGUGUACUCGUUUACGAAUGUCAGUUCCUAAAAGAGGAGGACUUGAAUUUUCUGCAUUUGAAAAAGCUGGAUGGGCUAUGCCGGUAGAAGACCUUGAUUUUGGUGAAGUUAGAGAAGUUUUAGGACGCGGUGAAUUUGGAGAUGUACGUCUUGCAUAUUAUCGUGGACAGAAAGUUGCAGUUAAAAUAUUGAAAGAUUCUUGUAAAGCAGCGCAAAAUUUUCUCGCCGAGGCUUCAUUAAUGACAUCACUUCGACAUCCAAAUCUGGUCCAACUUAUGGGCGUUGUGUUUGACGGUCCCUCUAUUUGCCUUGUCACUGAAUAUAUGGCCAAAGGAUCCCUGGUUGACUAUUUACGAUCCCGAGGUCGAUUACACGUUAAUAAAAAAGAUCAAAUCAAUUUCGCUACCCAUACCUGUGCUGGAAUGGCAUACCUUGAGUCAAAGCAUGUCGUUCACCGUGAUUUGGCUGCACGUAAUGUUCUCAUUUCCGAAGAUGGAAUUGCUAAAGUAUGUGAUUUCGGUUUGGCUAGGGAAGAAUCGUUCAGCCUUCGGGGAGAAAAAUUUCCCAUCAAAUGGACAGCUCCGGAAGCAUUAAGGUACAAUAAAUUUUCUAACAAAUCGGAUGUAUGGAGCUUUGGUAUUCUUCUGUGGGAAAUUUAUUCAUUUGGUCGGGUUCCAUAUCCUCGCAUUCCGUUGGAUGAUGUUGUCAAACAUGUUGAAAAAGGAUACAAAAUGGAAGCACCGGAAGGAUGUCCAUCAGAAAUAUAUGAAAUAAUGAAACAAUCGUGGGACCUUGAUCCCGACAAACGACCUACUUUUGCCCUGAUACUGAAAAAAUUGGAACAUCUCAAAACCUUGGCUGUAUAAAUUGUUCACAAUAUUUCAUUCAACUUUUUUUUGAAAGGAAAGAGAAAAGAAUGGAAAAAACAGCCAACUCAUACUGUAUUAAAUACACAUAAUCAUUUAUUUUUCUACUCAUUACAUACCAAUUGAAAAGAUGAAACUAUUAAAUUCCAACUGUUUACACUUUUUUCUCUA